AUGACAGCCGUUUCCCUACCUACCAUUCCAUCUUCCUUGGACAACAAUACCUUACUAUCAUCUAUGCUUAACAAUCCCAUCGAGUUUAGUAAAGGCAUACAUCGACAGAAUGUUAAUCUGCAUAACAAGAUGAAAGUCGUUCGACCUGGUCCACCAAGCCCACCACCACGCUUCUCAUCGUCGUCUAAACAGUUGGUCAACGGGUUUAGUAAAUCUGUCCAGCAGGAAAAAGAAGAAGGAGAAGUGGAGGAAGAAGAUAAUUUGGAAAGUAGGAAUCAGAGCGAUAACGAAGACGAAGAUGACCAGAAGAACGAGGACAAAGAUCAACGCGUAGUAAAUGGUACAGCUAAAUUGCCCAAUGGUAAUUCACAAAUACAAUUACCUACACCUGAAACUACCCAACAACCUUCCUCAUCUACUCCCUCUCCACUGAAAAAGAAACCUUCCACUUACCAGCCACUUAUAAAUCCCGAUGAUCUAUACAAGCGACCCAUCGAAUUGACAUGGCCCGAAUCGAUAUUAUCAGUGAAAAAGCCAGCAGCGGGGUUACAUAAUCCCUCGAUGGCAUGUUAUGCCAAUGCGACGUUGCAGGUUUUGUUACAUACUCCGCCGGUUUUGCGGAUAGCUAUGGAGCAUGAGGAUGGCAAGUGUUUACGAGCAUCACAACAUCGGUUCUGCAUGUUAUGUCAAUUGAGGGACAUGGCGACUGGAUCGCAUUGGGGUGGAAGGUCAUACUAUGCUCCGCAGGUGCACUCUCAUCUGAAAGAUAUCAAAAAAGGUUUCAGCAGGAAUAAGCAGGAAGAUACGCACGAAUUCUUCCGAUUCGUUACUGAUGCUCUUCAGCUGACUGCUCUGGCCGGAACGAAGAAAGACCUUCCCGAGAAGAUCAAACAUUCCACAUGGGUCUACAAAGUGUGGGGAGGCAGAGUACGUUCCCGGGUGAUUUGUUCGAGGUGUCAGAAACCCUCAGAUACCUUCGAUUGGUUCCUCGACCUGUCACUCGACGUAAAUAGAUCAGGCUCAAAGAGUAUAAAGAAUAUGAUGAAUGGAUUCACGAGGGAGGACAAGUUGGAAGGUGAUAACAAGUAUCAUUGUGACAACUGCAAAGCCAAGGCGAAUGCUACGAAAUCGUUCAAGAUACAGGAGGCUCCCCCAAUCCUUACCCUCCACCUAAAACGGUUCAGCGUAGAUUAUCAUUCUUAUAGUGGACGAGCUAGAGCGAACAAGUAUAAUGGACAUAUAGACUAUGAUGAAUAUCUGGACAUAUCACCUUAUAUGGUGGAUCCCAAAGUUGGGGGAACCAAAUAUCGAUUAUUCGGAGUAACAUGUCAUCGCGGGGUGGAACUUCGCUUUGGACAUUACACAUCUUAUGUCAGAGGACCCCACGGACAGUGGUUCCAUGCGGAUGACAAUGACGUCUCAGUUGUCAAACGUCAAGAGGUCCUCAAUGACCGAACAGCUUACUUACUAAGCUACAUCAGAGUAUCUGAUGAUCACGUACCGACCCCGACCGCUACCCCUCUAUCAUCAGCCAGAAAACCCAUAGCGAACGGUCAUCUAUCCUCGCCUGCCAAUGCCAAGAUAGGUGAUAAGAGACAAAGACCGGACGAAAGAGAUGAUAAUGUCAAUGUCCUAAAACCCAAGAGAAGCGUCAAUGGACUGAUAGGUCCAGUAAGACCUAUGUCCAUACGUAAAGGCACGCCGCCAGAAGCGAGAAAUGGUAUAUUAUCUCCAUCGCAACAGAAUCAUGAUGAGUUAGAAGUAGAUCUAGAUCUACCACCGGAAUUACCAACUUCUUCUUCCAAGAAAUUCGGUUCUUUGAUGACACCUAAAAAUACACAAUCCCCACUAAAAAUGAUGACACCUACUCAUACACCUAAUACACCUACGAGUUCUUCGAAGGUCAUCCACCAACCUAAACCUAUCCCACCUGGACAAUUUUACGGAACGAAGUCUCCCAUUUCGCGACCACAUAACCCUAGACCGGAUCUCGACGACAAUGACGAUGAGGACAGUCUGAAUUCGAGAACACCAUACUCAAAUUCCAACUCGAACUCGUAUGGUACGAUGGAAUCGUACAGAGGAGCAGGAAAGAAAUUGAGUAAGAAAGAGAAGAAAGCUUUAAGACGGAUGGGGAAGAGUUCGUUUAGAAGUGCGGGAGGUGAUAAUCCGUAUAAGGCUGGACAGCUGGGGACAAUGAAUAGGAAUAAGAUCAAGAAGUCGAAAUUUGAUCGUAUGGGAAGGAAACCUCUUUCAUAG